AUGGCUUUCCGGCUGACGCGGCCAUCGUAUCCACGGCGCGACGCGGGACGUCGUCGCCCGGAUUCCUACGGCGACGACAUGCUUAUCUAUACCAUUGAAGUUACUAACAACGUUUGUUCCGAUGUGUGUCCAAUGUUCACGAUUUCCUUGAUUUUGUGUUGCAGUCAAAAAAGCAAGACAUCUGGCUGGCCGCCCCCAGGUUCCUGGGGGGGACUUCAGGGGCCUCCGUACAGCUGGGACAGCAUGAACUGCAACAGGGAGGGCCAGAACUUCCUCACCAACCAAGUGUCCCAGAACAGCUCCCUUGAGGAGGUUCACCUGGACGGACUGCCACCCGCGCCCCGCUCAGUGGAGAUGAGGCGCGACCCCGUCCUGGGCUUCGGCUUUGUGGCGGGCAGUGAGAAGCCAGUGGUGGUCCGCUCGGUCACGCCAGGUGGUCCAUCAGAGGGGAAGCUCUUACCAGGUGACGAGAUCGUUAUGAUCAACGACGAACCCGUCGGUUCGGCUCCAAGAGAACGAGUCAUCGAUCUUGUCAGGAGCUGCAAAGAAUCCAUCCUAUUGACUGUUGUCCAACCAUAUCCCUCGCCUAAGUCAGCGUUCAUCAGUGCGGCCAAAAAAGCUAUGCUCAAGUCCAAUCCGGUCAAAGUUCGCUUUGCUGAAGAGGUCAUCAUAAACGGCCAGGUUCCAAACCCAGUGAAGGACAACUCUCUUCUGUUCAUGCCAAAUGUCCUGAAGGUCUACCUAGAGAUUGGGCAGACAAAGUCCUUCCGCUUUGACUGCAGUACCUCCAUCAAGGAUGUGAUCCUCACCCUACAAGAGAAACUGUCCAUCAAAUGUAUUGAACAUUUCUCCCUCAUGUUGGAGGAGAAGAUGGAAGGUUCCGCAAACAGACUGCUUUUACUGCACGAACAAGAGAUGCUUGCUCAGGUGACCCGCAGGCCUCGUUGCGAUAAGAUGAAGUGUUUCUUUCGAAUCAGCUUCAUGCCCCGUGACCCUGUGGAGCUGCUGCGAAGGGAUGCCGUGGCAUUCGAAUACCUCUACGUGCAGAGCUGCAAUGACGUGGUCCUGGAGCGAUUCGGCUCCGAACUCAAGUACGACGCGGUGCUCAGACUAGCGGCGCUGCAAAUGUAUAUCCUCACUUUGACAACCAAGCAAAGCCAGAAGGUCUCACUAAAAUAUAUCCAAAAGGAGUGGGGCCUGUCACUGUUCCUGCCUCCUGCUGUGUUGACCAGCACCAAGGAGAAAAACAUCAAAAAAGCGCUGACGCACAUCCUCAAAACCAACCAGAAUCUCGUGCCUCCUGGGAAAAAACUAACUGCUUUACAGGCCAAGGUGCAUUACUUAAGGUACCUCAGUGAGCUCCAACUUUACGGGGGGCGAGAGUUUAAAGCAAUACUUUUGCAAGGUGAGAAACAAAUCGAGGUUACGUUGUUAGUAGGUCCUCGUUACGGUAUCAGUCACGUCAUCAACGCGCGGACCAACCUGGUAGCCCUCUUGGCCGACUUCAGCCACGUCAACCGAAUCGAAAUCCUCACGGAGGAUCAAAACAACGUUCGGCUGGAGUUGCAUGUUCUGGAUGUCCGGCCCAUCACACUCAUUAUGGAGUCAAGUGACGCAAUGAACCUGGCCUGUCUAACGGCGGGCUACUAUCGCCUCCUAGUGGACUCGAGGAGAUCUAUUUUCAACAUGGUCCACUGCAGCAACUCUGCAGGGGAUGACGACAGUGAGGAUCGUGUCCUGGAGUGGCCGUACAGCACAUCCUUCGGUGACGGCGAGGAGCUAUCGCAGAGCCGGGCGGAGCUCUACAGAUACUCUCAAUACUCGGACAACGAGCAGAGAGAAAACAGCUUCUAUCCACACUUCCAUCAAUCCCAAAAUCGUGACGGGGACCUUCAGAGCCCGAGUCCGGUGCCGCCUCCCAUUCCCCCCUCGACCAGACACAAACCUCAAGAAUCGCCUCGUAGUGCCAAAGUAUCAUUUAUCUUCGGAGGGGACCCGCCGUUAAACAAGCCCGGGAGCUUGGCCUAUGAACAACUUCUGGAAAGUGAGGAGUUAGCCCAGCACAGACCGCCGCAAUACUUGCACAAUACCAACUUUGAGGCACAGGACAGAAUGUCAUUUCACUUAGGCGGUCUGACACACGUCUAUAGCAACAUAAAUGACGAAGGGGGUGAGGAGCCGCUGUUAAGAGACCUGUUUUAUCGCGACACAACGGACGAUGCGGAGGAUGAGGACGAGGCUUCUUGUGAAGAAGAUUCCACCGUAGGAACGCCGGCCGAGGACGGCCGAGGGGGCGAAGGAGUUGCCACGGCAGCGGGCAAAGCUUCUUUCCUGAUGCUUUCUGGACCUACUGACGAUAUCAUCGACCUCACGUCCCUACCUCCGCCCGAAGGAGACGACACGGUCGACGACGAUGAGAACGACUCCAUUCUGCAGACGCUUAACCUCGCAAUUGCGGCGCCGCCCCCCGGCUUUCGCGACAGUUCGGAUGAGGACGCGGCGCCUGACGGGAGGCUUCUGAGUCCGGACGAGAAUGAUGAUAUUCCAGUGUCGUUAAUUGAUGCGAUCCCUACUCAAGAGGAGGGAAGAGGGGCGGAAAAGAUGGAGCUAGAGAAUACAGUCGUAAACACUCUGCAGGCACUUGAAGCAUUGGCUGUCUCUGAACAGCGGCCUCCGCCACCGCGUCCACCGCCGAGCAGGAACAAUCCAGGUGUUUACACAUCUCACGGCUUUAGCCCGGAGUCUUCUUCAGACUCCGGAAACGAAACAAACUCCUCCGAAAUGACAGAACUGUCGGAGCUGGCCGCUUGCCAUCGACUGAGCGAGAGCCAUAUGCGUCUCCUGGUGGCCACGAGGGAGGGGUACCAGCCUUUGCUGGAGGAGAAAACGGAAUUCCCCGUUUCGCCCGGCACUGAAGGAACGACCCACAAGAAGUCCCGUACUCCGCAGCACCUCCGACCGCCUGCCGUCCCGCCGAGACGGAGUCCCCAUUUGGACACGGUGCCAUCGUUACGGCCAGACUGUCUGGGCGGGAGAUCUCAGACGAACCUCUCCUCUACCCUUCAGCGACCGAGCUCCACCACACCGGGUGGCAAGCAUCACAAAAAGUCCGCAGACUCGAGCGGAAAGUAUAACACCUUUAGCACAAGGGAAGGGUACCGAGGCGGAAGCGUCGGCCUCGAGAAUAAUCAGCGCCUUUCAUUCUGCGAUCGAGGAGGAAGCCAAAGAAAACACAAAUUGUUCUCAGAGGAAAACUCCAGUGUUCAAGAUCAACAUGUAAACAGUCACCUCAGCGACCACCAGAGAAUUCCCCGUCCUCCUUCCUCGAAAUCGGACGGCCUUGUAGACGUGAGCGCGUUAGAGUGCGCUCUAGAUAAUAGAGCUGUUGAGCAAGAUGAACAUUUAGUGGUGGCCUCAUUGCUGUCUCCAAGUAAAAACAACAGAUUGGUGGCUUCUGACCAAGCAUCGGACCUACAGAACGACCAUCCGCCUAUUUCGAGACAGCAGAGUGUUGCGCGUUUGUGCGAGUACCAUCUUGCGAAAAGGAUUUCUAACUUACAAGGAGAAGCGCACAGUUCUCUACAAGGCUCGCUGUGCUCAUCACUGGAUGCCGGCGGCAGCGCAAACAGCAGCGUCUGCGCCACCCCUACCGACUCGCCGCUCGGUUCGGGGGCGACCGAGUCCAAACACCACCGUCUACAAAGGCACCCCAUCUCUAGUUCCUCUUCGUCUUUACUCAGGGUCUUAAACUAUGACGAAUCAAAACCUGGCCAGAACCCGCAAGCGAAGGAUUUUCACCCUCACGCGGACCCUGUCCUCCUUCGAAAAAUGCUUCCCAACAUUCACAAUCCUUCUGCUGGCGCUGAGCCAGUCCGUCCGUCUUCAGCCACGCCAUCUAAACAUAAAGAAAUAAUGACAAGCAAGAAGCCCUGCUAUAAAGGCUCAAACCAAAAGGAAGGCAGCGAAGCGUACAGACAAUUGAUCAACUACUUAACCGUAAGCCAAAUGCACCAAGGUGGAAAGCUACACAGUGCAGGCAUGGGCGGCGGUGUGAAAAAAGACACUCGUCGCUACAUCACCAGCAACCCUCAGCUUGUCGAAAUGGUGAAGAAUCGAGGGAACACGCUCCCUCGAUGCCAAUGUAUGCCGUCCGCCGGGUCGUCCGCCUUCGUUCGCCCGAAUUUGUCAAACCCCAACGCCUUGCAGAUGAUGACUAAAGAUCAAAAAUCAAAUCACUCCGCCACACUUCCCGCCAAACUGAAAAGAAACCCUGAAAUGUACAUGUCAAAUAAUAGGUUAGAUGUGCAGCACACACACGCAGAGAGAAGAAGCUCCUUCUCUGGACUGGAAAGUGAUCUUGAGAGGAGCGGUAUGGACUCGGAUCAAUUCCCGCCGUUGUAUAAGAAAGACGGCUACAUCUCCCAUGAAAGAGGGGGAAGCGCUGGCAGGCCUCCACCUCGCUCAAGAAGCCAACCCAGUUGCGGCACAGAGGAUUGGUGCAGAGUGGACUCGAGAGAAAGGCACGCAUUUCUUCAACCCUCCGCCUCCUGCCUGGGUGGUCAGCGAGUAGACCUAAACAGCUUCUCUCUAGGAAGGGGUCCGUCAGCUUUCACCAGGCAGACGAGUACCGCGGCGGGCAUUCCUUCUCCAUCCCCGCCACUUCAACCGCAAUCUCUCCCUCCUCCUGUAUUGAUUCCAGCACAAGCCAGCCCCGCUCCCAGCAACUCUGGACGCACGCCGGACGCCGUACAUUCAAGCAUGUCCCCGCCAAAUCAGAACUACAUCGGUGCCAUCGACCCGAGCCCGUCGCAACUCGAUCCUUUCAACAAUUACCCCCAAAGGGGCCGUGAACUAAAACGCAGCUCUAGCAAUGUCACCAAUAGCUCCGGUAGCGCGGAGGUUCUUUUCGAGAAGGCCGGCCGAAGCCUGAGCCAGCAGCCCUCGUCGCCGUACGUGCUCCAGCAAGAAGAGACCAAAGCCCAGAGGAGACCGACGAGGAAGAGGCUAUCGAAGAGCUACUCCCAAGGUUCGGUGUCAUCGCACGCCACGUGCUGGUCUUCGGGCACCGGCGUUGACAGCAGAAGGGCUUCGGUAGCGUUUCCUUUGCAGAAAGAAAAACAAAUGAAGGGCUCUCAAAAACUGGACACCAGUCCGUGGAGGUGCAACGGACCCUUUAGCUACUGUUUCUUUAAACGUAAAAGCGAGGGAGAAGACGACGAUAGCGAGUGGGACGCACCGAGACGGAGUCGUGCCGGGAGUAAUCUAGAUAACGACCGCGCCGCAUCGCUGGCCAUAUUCCCCUGCGGCUCGGCGGUGGAUGCGGCCGGCGAGCAGCUGUACGGCGAGGUCCUUAACAACAUGAGCUUCGGCGACCGUCUGGCCCGAGUCAACGCCCUCAAAGACCGCAUGUACAGCUUCCCUUCCGGCUUCACGGACGUGCGGCGCGACGCCAGCGAGCUCAUCGCUUUGGUGAGGUCCAGCAUAGGUCGCUGCGAUCGCGGGGUCCAAAUGCCAAUGCAGCAAGUGUCUCAGUCCAAGCAACUCCUCUCGGUGGAGUCCAAAGAGUUGGGCCGCGCGUGCCGGCGCAUGGCGCAAGCGCACAGUAGUCCUGAGGAGAUGCUACUGGCUGUUACGUGCAGUUUCCAGGUGCUGUGUUGUCUCUGCGAAGCGUGUAUGUGUCUGGUAAAGGGGCUCAGCACCUCGGCCUCGCACCAACAGAGAGAGGUCGUAGCAAAAGUCGAUGAAGUUGUUAUGAACUAUAUCUGUUUACUCAAAGCAGCAGAGGUCGCGACUGUCGGAGCACCGGGAGAGCACAGUGUCAAGGCCCUGGUAAGACAUUCUAGUACCAUGUCAGCCAUUGCUAAUGCACUCACGCGUUCUCUUAAAACACUGCUUAGCAAGUAA